AUGCAGCCCUGUCGCAAUUGCAUCCUCCGCCGCAUCCCAUCAUCGUGUCGUCCAUUUGCAAGAGCGGAUCUUACGCCACGUCAGCUUCCUGCCGAGCACUCAAUAGCUCAUCAGCGACAGUCAAAGGAGCCUAGUGCGAAGCAGUCGUCGCGAGUGGCUGGCAACUUGGCCAAAGAACCAUCCGGCGCCGGCGAUGCACUGAGCCACGGCAGAGACAACGACAAACCCCCUCUGGGUCAGCUGUGGAAGUCUCGUGGCGCACCAGCUUUCUUCGGUAGUUCGUAUUUCGGACCUCAAGUCGCGGCUGCGUUUUUGGACAGUCCUGCACCUUAUAUACAGCCGGGUGCGGGUAUGUCACAGAGGAGUACGAACGUCCGCCCGUUUCGCAGUGAGGCUGGGCCGUUUUCUCAAAUGUGGGAUCUACUUGGUCUUCUGCCACGUCAGCGAUCGACAGUCGACCGCUUGAUAAACUGCUAUUUCGUACAGCUGAACGGCGACAUUGAUGCAGUACACGAAAAGUCCUUCCGUCAACAAUACGAGCGCUUUUAUUGUCGCGACUUUGGUAAAGAUGAUGUUACGACGGUUGAUAUCCGGUGGCUGGCCCUGCUGUUCAUCAUCCUUGCGUUCGCUUCACAACUAGAUUGUCCGCCCGAUGCAGGGCCUGAGGUGCAGCGACAAUAUGAGGAAUCAUCUAUGUCAUUCUUUUGGGCAUGUCGCAAGGCCAUUGUCAUAGCCCCAUCGUUCUACGGCGAAAGUAUUGAUUUAGUCAGAGCUGGCAUCUUGGUGACGCGGUUCUGCAUUUUCACCCAACGCAUAACCGAGAGCUGGUUGACUGUCGGUUUCGCAUCGAGGUUGGCCAUGGCACAAGGAUUUCAUAUUGAUGGUGUUCAGUGGAAGUUGUCGCGCCGCGAGACCGAGAUUCGACGAAGACUUUGGUGUCAGUUAUACCUGCUUGACCGCAUGAUCUCUCUAGCGCUAGGACGACCGUACGCAAUUGUCGAUAAUUUGUCACUCCCUCAGGAACCCGAGAAUGUUUUCUUAGACGAGGCGGGCGACUUGGAGGCAGAGACUAUUGAAGCACAACCAAUUGAAGAUCGUCCAACACCGACCGUACUGGCUAUCUACUCUUACCGCCUCGCAAAGGUUAUCGGAAAAAUUCAUGAGCAAACCUUCGGCAUGAAUAAAUGUUCCUAUAGAGAGGUUACAACUCUUGAGGCCCAGCUUGUCAGCUGGCGACAGAGUCUACCUCGUUACCUGGCUCUCAAGGACCCGGACAGGUCUCUGGACCGGACUCACAGGUAUCUCAAGUGGCAUCGCCACUAUCUGCACACCGCCUUUCACUUUGCCUGUGUCACACUCCACAGACCAUUCGUUUGGCGAUUUUCAAUAAGCGACCAAUAUCGCUACAGCCGAGAGAUUUGUUAUACUGCAGCAUGUGCAGACCUCAAGACACGACUCGACCAUAACCCUGAGGAAAACGCCGAUGAGAACAUCUCCUGGGGUCUCGGUGUUCCCCGUUUGUUCAACAGUGCGAUCAUCUUAGGUAUGCUAGCUAUCCGGGACCAAUCACAUGGUAAACAAGACUAUCGUGCUCUCAACAACGAUUUGCAGUACUUCUGCGAAAAGGAGACUAGCGAUAUUUGGGUGAAUGACUUCCGCUUGGCCGAAGUCAAAGUGAUUGAACUUUGCAUUGAUCGUCUUAAGCGAGGACCGUUAUCGAAAGAAGCAACCAGCCUUACGGAUUCCCGUGCGCUAUCAGCUCCGAAAGGCCAGGGUCAGAGGAGUGCGAAUCCCGUCCAGCCCACACAGAGUGCCUCACAAGCAGUUCAAACCCCUGAGUUUGUGGACGGUGAAAGGGGCCUGCAGCGAACGGGCCAGGUACACCUCGAGCAACAAGGUCAGCAUCGACUGCUUCCCGUCGCAAGCCAAGAACAACAUUCGGAACCGUGGAAAGAGGGAGAAGCUUGGCCGACGCGUGAUGCAGACGAAGUUCAGCCAUUUUUCCAGCCCAUCGGUGACUUUAGUGAUUUAUUUUCUUUUCCUGGACCAACUGAUCUCGACACAUGGCAAGGAGUGAUUGACUGUAUGGAUCAUCAGCUCUUUGGCGAGCAAUUUCAGGGAUUCUAG